AUGGGUUCCAAGUCCCUCGGCCGUCGGCCGUCAGUUAGCUUCCAUAUGGAGACCAGAAGCCGCGCCUCCAAAAUUACCCCGGAACCAACCGACGCUUCGACAGCAGAUUCAUCACCAUCAUCAUUGUUGUCGCUGUCAACGCCACCGUCCACUCCGCCCAAAAAUACAAAUUCUCGCAAACGAAAGUUGUCUGAUUCGGGCUCAGAUGACACAGAGAAUUCGAAUUCGUCAAAACCCAAGCGCCUGACACGACAAACCUCCACAGCACCGUCGCGGCCACCCUCAGCCACUCCACGGAAGCAAACAGCUCAAGUGCCCGCGUUCGACAGUGUCCCAGCUGCUACAAACACCGACAAUACACCUCUGCCGACUUCAUCAUCUACCAUUUCUGUGGAAUCUGCUAGGUCGUUGAGGCGAAGCUCGCGUAUAGCACGAUCGGAUGCAUCGGAGGUCGUCCGUGAUGCUGGCCAUGAUGGAACGCCAUCCUCAUCACCGCCUACACAAACAGGUCCAGUGAGUCUCCCAGAAGCCGGAUCUUCAGACGUAACCACAAACAAUCCUGCAACUCCGCCAAAACCCCUCCGUGCCUCGCAAUCGGCCAAGGAGACAACGCCGAAGAAGGCGCACAAGGCGAACAUCAGCUUCCAGGAGUACAAAGACAAGGCGUUCUGGCCAGAGUACAAUGCGCAGAAACCGAUAUACUACGCAAACGAUGCGACUACCCGCUACCGUCCUGGGGAGAAUGGCGACACUUCGGAGUCCCGCUCUCCUAGGAAGCCGGCACGCCGAGGUGGUCGUGGAGGAGGUGCUCACGCCAACGGCGGUGGACGCGGUAAAGGCAAAACCAGAGGUCGAGGAGGUCGCGCCGGUGGCGACAGUCCCGAACCACCAAAUCGAAGACGACCAUUGUCACAAGAGGAAAAACUCGAAAUCUCCAUCAUCAAGGCGAGGCAGCAAGAAUUGAAACGAUUCUUCAGCACCGUGGGCGCCCAGCAGAUUGAUAUCCUCGAGCACCUCUCGGGGCGAGACAUAGCCAAGAUUUCCCGAAAGCCCAAGGCACAUAGGCAUGUUCCUGAGCACGACGACGUGGUGGAAGACCUGGAGGCGACCAUGAAAGAGGUGCAGGAGCUCAUCCAAACACGAUUUGACCUCCAGGUCGAACAUGAAAAGCAGCGCCUGCAGCACGAGAAGGAAGUCAUUGAAGCGCAAUUCGAGAACCGCGUCACCGAAGCCCGCAAAGAACAUCUUGCCGGUGCAGAAGGCGACAUCAUCCUUUUCGAACGAGCUUACCGCGCCGCUCACGAUGACACCCACACCGAAUCUGGCUCCGACCUGGAUUACUUCCCACAUUACCACGAGCUCCCCGAACCAAACACUCAACCCCGUGGCUACUCGUCCCGGAAAAUCAUGGACGAAAAGCCCUUCAAGCAACAGUUGGCAUCUUUCGACGAACAGGCGCGCCAACAAGUGCUCAACGAGGACGUUAUUAGCCCCUUGUUUGAGCAAAUGGAACGGCGAAACAACGAAUGGCGCCUCGAGCAGCUUCGCAAGAAAUCGCAGACCUUGGAUGCGCUCUCUGCAGAAGCCAGCAAAGCACUCGAGAAUAUCCAAGGCUACCUCGUCCCACGACCGCUCGGUAUGUCAGAGAGCAAUUCGUAUGCGUUGUCGGCGCUGGCAGACGUCUCCGACUGGGUUGCACAGAAGCAUCCGGACCGUCAAUAUAUAUACAUGCCUCUUGCCCCAGGAGAUGUCUUCCCCAGGCAAGCUUUGGACUUCUCUCCAGUUCCUGGCCAGGCGCCAUCGUCUCUGCCACCACCACCACCACCACCACCGCCGCCGCCGCCAGCCGGGCCAUCAUAUCAGCUCAUUCGACCAGACUCGAGGAGCCGUGGCCGACGAUCAAAAUUUGCGCCCCAGAACAACGCGCCGCUGGCCGGCCACGUUGUCACUCCUCCUCCUCCUUCUGCGCAGCCGUUACCCCCAGCUCCCGGCCCUUUAGCACCUCCCAUCGGGCCGGCUUCUUUCCUCCCACCACGCCUGAUUUCAAGCGGACCAGGUCAGCCGAUUGCACCUGCACCGCCAAAACCCGCUCCUCCGCACCGCUCGGCAACCAACAUCAAUGUCUUCCGGCACAGUCCUCGACCGAGCGUCCAUCAACACGCCAUGGCUCGUCACAACUCGCUUGGCUCUCCGCUGCUGAACGGACCCCAGCAGUAUAUCUUCCAGCCGCCUCAACAGCCCUACCAGCAUCAAUCUGCGCCCGGACCGGCGCCGACUCCCCAGUACGGUCCCCAUCCAGCCAGUCCUCUCACUUCUGGGGCGGGCGCCAACAACAGCUCCGUUGCGAGCGCAGGUGCCAUCCCCAGUGUGAGCGCAAGCACAGGUGUCGGUAGUGUCAAUGCUCCUAGCAACGGUGGUGGUGCUAGUGGCAAUGCCGCUGGUGGUCCGACCAUGCAAGUCAUCGGCCAACAAACCAAGAUCCCAAUGACGUUCGUGAACCAGACGAUUGCAAGCCGCAACGCCGCCGCGGCUGCUGCGGCCAAUGCAAACGCAGCAGCCAACACGGCACCGAAUGCAAACGGCCAGGGUAAUGGCAAGAGGGUGCUGCUGCCGAAGUCGAUGUAG